UGAUCUGAGAAGGCCUACUUCUUGUUCGAGGGAUGAUGGCAUUUGAGCAGAUACCAAAAAAGGAUUGGUACAGCAUUCUGGAGGCUGACCCAUCUGCAAGUGUGUCAGACCUGAAGCAAAAGUAUCAAAAACUCAUAUUAAUGUAUCAUCCAGAUAAACAAAGUGCAGAUGUACCAGCAAGAACAGUGGAGGAAUGUAUACAGAAGUUCAUCGAAGUUGACCAGGCAUGGAAAAUUCUAGGGAAUGAAGAAACAAAAAAAGAGUAUGACCUGCAGCGGCAUGAAGAUGAUCUAAGAAAUAUGGGACCAGUAGAUGCUCGAGUAUAUCUUGAAGAAAUGUCUUGGAAUGAAGAUGAUCAUUCUUUUUCUCGGAGUUGUCGAUGUGGUGGAAAAUACAGUGUUUCCGAGGAUGAAGCUGAAGAAGUGACGCUGAUUUCUUGUGAUAUGUGUUCACUAGUUAUAGAACUCCUUCAUUAUCGCUGAGAUUGUUCACUAAGUGGAAUUCUUUAGUGUAUUCAGACA